CCCGUCGUCCACCUUCAUAUUAUAGUGUAGACGGUCGCCAUUUUUCUCGCGCGUAAGUCGCUCGGACGUGCGUGCGACAUAUUUUUUAAGUAUAAACAAUAACAAACAAAAUGGCGUCGCCGGCAGAUUAUAUGAAACCUGACUUAGAAACUGUUAAGUUGGAACAUAUACCUGUGGAGAUGCCGUGUGAGGUGGUGGAAACUACUGUAGUGGAUCAGAAUGGUAGGCACCUUAUUAUGGCUCCAAUACAAGGGAUAGUAAAGAAUGAAAAUACUAUGUUGUUGCAAGCAGCUUCUAUCAGUGGUCAGCAUCAAGACCAUGAAGAUAAUCAACUUACAUAUGUGUAUGAGAGUGUCGUUCCCCAAGAACUUUAUGCUGAACCCGAAAGUCCUGGACCUUCUAGAAACAGAUUUAAAAAAGAAAAUGUUGAAGAUCAUUUUCUUGUUCAAGCUAUCCCAUCACCUCCAGAGCCAGUAUCUAUUGGUCGCCCUAGGAAAUGGGAACAAAAGCAAGUGCAAAUCAGAACUUUAGAAGGAGAAUUUUCUGUAACUAUGUGGGCAUCUGGAACUGAUGAUGAUUACAUUUUAGAAGAAGUUAGUAAUCCUGAACCAGAUCCUGAUCCUGAUUAUGAAGAAUACAUGACUGAACAGACUAUAACAGAAGAAAUUCCUCAAAUUAAUCUAAGUGACCCUAAACAACUUGCUGAUUUUGCAAGACCUGGUCAUAAAACGAAAGUAAAAAAAUCUUAUGGUCAAGAAAUGAUGGACCGUACAAUUGCUUGUCCAAACAAAAAUUGCUCAAAAAUGUUCAGAGAUAAUUCUGCUAUGCGAAAACAUCUUCAUACUCAUGGGCCUCGUGUUCAUGUAUGUGCAGAAUGUGGUAAAGCAUUUGUUGAAAGUUCAAAACUCAAACGACAUCAAUUAGUACAUACUGGAGAAAAACCAUUUCAGUGUACGUUUGAAGGAUGUGGUAAGAGAUUUUCAUUGGAUUUCAAUCUUAGAACUCAUGUUAGGAUACAUACGGGUGAUCGACCUUAUGUUUGUCCAUUUGAUGCGUGUAACAAAAAGUUUGCCCAGUCAACUAAUUUAAAAUCACACAUUUUAACUCAUGCCAAAGCUAACAGACAUAUGUCUCGACCAAGACCUAGCUCCAAUAGGUCAGUAAACCAAGAACAAGAUGAUUUAAAUCAGCAAUAUGUAAAUGUUGAAAUUCCCGAAGUUGACCACCAACAUUUUAUUGUAUAUGCUGAAUAAUGUAUGAGAAUUUAAUGAAAGAAACCAAGUUGAAUAUGGUGACAUUUGUAUUCUUCACAGUUACUGAAUUAAAAAUAUAUUUCAUCAUAUUAGCAUGAUAUUUAUGUUGAAUUUAUGUACAUAUCUACUGUUUUAAUUAAGAAAGUAUAAUUGUACCUAAAUUGCCUAUUUUUAACUGUAUAGUACCUAAGCCGCAAUUAAAAAAAAAUGAUUAGCUAUUCUAAUAUUAUCUUUUUUAUCUACAUUAUAAAUUAUUUCAAGCCCAGACUACUUGUUAUGCUAAUGUAUGGGCUUUCUGUAAAUUGGUACUUUACUAAAAAAAAUUACAUAUAUGUAUGUAUACAUAUAUUUUAUUUUAUUUCAUAAGAAGUGUAAACAAUUUACUUGUUGUUAUAAGACUGUGAAAAAUGAUAUGAGCAAAUUUGUUUAAUUUUUUUUUUUAUAUAUAGAAUUUGUAUGGCUUUUUCAGUGAUAAUA